AUGGAGCUCAUCCACAGAAACUUGGUUCAAGUUUCAUUUGGGGAGCUUGAUUAUGAGAUAUACAAAAAGUACAGAAUUCAUGAUCUACUACAUGAAAUCAUCCUAUCAAAGGCUCAAGAGUUGAAUUUGUGUCAAGUUCUUGAUGCAGAUGACACAACUUCUCAUGGAAAAAGUCAACGCCUAUCAAUCCACGAUGCUACAGAAAAUGUUUUUGAGUCGAGUGAGUACUCUCGAGUUCGCUCGAUUUUUCUCUUCAACAUUACUGAAUUGCCCAGGUCUUUCAUAGUUAAAUUGUUUAAAAAGUUCAAGCUUUUGAAAGUAUUGGAUUUUGAAGACGCUCCAAUUGAUUAUCUUCCUCAAGAAGUGGGUAAUUUAUUCCACUUGAAGCACUUAAGUUUGAGGAGAACAAAAGUGAAGAUACUUCCAAAGUCAGUGGGUGCACUACAUAAUCUGAAGACACUAAAUGUCUUGGAAACCUUAGUGGGUGAGCUUCCAAUUGAGAUAUUUAGGCUUUAUAAGCUAAGACAGAUUCUGGCUCAUUCUCAUGACUUCGAAAUUGAAAGUAGCCUUUAUUCGGAGCGAGGAGUAAAAGUACAUGAAGGGGUUGGAUGUUUAAAGGAAUUGCAGGAACUAUCAAUGAUUGAGGCAAAUCAUCAUGGGGUUGGUUUAUUUGAAGAGCUCGAAAAGUUGAGUCAGUUGAGAUUGUUGGGCAUUUCAAAUAUGACUGCAGAACGUGGGAGGGUCCUAUGUACCUCCAUACAAAAAAUGGUCCUCCUUAACAUUUUGGUUGUAGGCUCAAUUAGUGAAGAUGAGAUUAUAGACUUAGAAUCAAUUUCUUCCCCACCUCCAUUUCUAAAGCAUAUCUAUCUAAGAGGGCGAUUGAACAAGUUGCCGAACUGGAUUCUUGAGCUUCAAAAUCUGCCUGAUGGAGGCGAAGAUUAUUGGAAAGUCAAGAAGGUAACUACUAUCCGUCUCAGGUAUAGGAUUAAAGGAGAACAAUAUCAAAUAUACAAGCUUGGUGACUUGGACUUAUUGGAGCGUCUGCAAGGGGUUAAUAAGACUUGCAUUGGCCUGUGA